AUGGAUUUCCAACAUACGAAGCCCACUUUCGAACUCGCGGGCCAGGAGUUUCCUCGAGUAACAUGGUAUAAGCAAAAGGGAAUGAGAGGCUUGUACUGUUGUUUGAUGUUCGUCGUUCUGACCUCUGCGACAAAUGGAUACGAUGGCUCCAUGAUGAACGGUCUUCAAUCUCUUCCCGCCUGGGAAGAUUAUUUCCAUCCCACAGCAUCUCAACUUGGACUCCUCAACUGUAUCAUGUCCGUCGGCUCACUCGUUGCUCUUCCGUUCGUACCAUAUGCUGCGGAUAUACUGGGCAGACGCACAGGUGUAAUGAUCGGCUGCGUACUCAUGCUCAUUGGUGUACUUCUCCAGAGUUUGGGAUUCUCAUUUGGCAUGUUCGUGGGUGCUCGAUUCUUGAUCGGAUUUGGAGUUGCAAUAGCACAUGGUGCAUCACCACUGCUCAUCACCGAACUUGUCCAUCCACAACAUCGAGCCAUCUACACCACCAUUUAUAAUACAACAUGGUACAUUGGAAGCUUCGUCGCAGCAUGGUUAACAUUCGGAACGAAUAACAUCGCAGGAAAUUGGUCAUGGAGAGCUCCGUCUGUCGUACAGGCUUUCCCUUCCAUACUCCAAAUGACCUUCAUCUGGUUCGUACCUGAAUCACCAAGAUGGCUCAUCGCGAAGGGUAGAAACGAGCUAGCACUCAAGAUUUUGGCAGACGUACACGCUUGCGGAGAUCAGAAUGAUGAAGUUGUACAGCUCGAAUACCAGGAAAUUCGCCAAACAUUAUCACUCGAAAAAGAAGUAGAGAGCAACCCAUGGGCCGAGCUGUGGAAGACUCCUGGAAACAGACAUCGUCUUAUUAUCCUCGUCUCCCUCGGUUUCUUCUCUCAAUGGUCAGGAAAUGGUCUUGUCAGUUACUACAUUAAUAUUGUAUUGGAACAAGUCGGUAUCCACAGCUCGACUACCAAGCUUUUAAUCAAUGCUAUCCUUCAAAUUGUCAACAUGAUCGUAGCUAUAACAAUGUGCUUCUUCGUUGAUAGACUCGGUCGACGUCUAUUGUUCUUGGUAUCCACGGGGGGAAUGCUUGCUGUCUUUAUUGUUUGGACCAUUUGCUCGGCUCAGUUUUCGAUGCAUGGAAGCUCAGCUUCUGCACAUGCCGUUAUCGUCAUGAUUUUCCUCUAUUACGUAUUCUAUAACUGUGCGUGGUCGGGGCUUCUGGUUGGAUACGGUGUCGAGAUUCUGCCAUACAACAUCCGUGCAAAGGGAUUGACAAUUAUGUUCUUGGCGGUCGACCUCUCCUUGUUCUUCAACCAAUAUGUUAACCCGAUUGCUUUGGAUCACCUCCACUGGAAGUAUUACAUAUUCUACUGCGUAUGGUUAACUUUUGAGUUCUUUGUCAUCUGGAAGUUUUACAUCGAGACACGUAACACUCCUUUGGAAGAGAUCGUGAAGCAUUUCGAUGGAGACAAUGCGAUAGUUGGUGGUCAAGUUGCAACCGAGAAGGCAAAAGUCAUUGCGGCGGAACAUGAUCUUCAGAUUGGUGAUGAGACUGAAGGUGGCCUAGAUGAGAAGGCAGGCGUUCACCAUACAGAGGAGAGAAUGGUUUAA